AUGACCUUGACUGACUCCUGGACAUUGCUUCUUGUGACCAACAAAGUUUAUUCAUCAAGAGGUGAUAUUUCUGUCUAUUUUGGGAGAGAAUAUGUAUUUUCAACAGGGAAAAAAGAAGAAACUAUUGCAUACUACCCAGCAGAUAGAGCUAAGCAUUUGAAGUACAAUGACCAACUAAGAGCAUGCCCCAAAUUUCAGGUGGGUUUGGCUCUAGUGGUUGAAGGAGAGAUUGUUUUAGGAGUUAUGGGCUGCCCUAACUGGCAGGAGGAUUAUUCUCAACCAUCCACCACUGAAGUCCAGAAAUAUGAAAACAUCCUGUCUGGAGCAGGAACCAUUAUGGUUUCUCAUGUUGGCUAUGGAACUUGGAAAAAGAGACUAUCUGACAUUCAGAGUAGCAAGGCCAAAAUGCCUCAUAAUUGGACCAGAUGUUUUGUAGAUGUGUGUCACAUAGUUGAUGAGGCACGUUUUUGUAUUCCAGAGAGUCAAACAUGGGAAACAUUGCCACUAUCAGCUGUAUAUGAUGCAACAACUGAGACUGAGAAUGUUGGGAAGAAACAAAUUCAUCUAUUGCCCACUUGUUGCGGAAGGUUUACUCUUAGGCCUUGUAUUAAAGAAGUGNCGAUGUCACGUUUGAAGAGUCUGUUCCAUACUUUCCAGCACCUUCUCAGCUUUUGGAUCUGA